CCCCUAGAGCUAAGCAGGAAGAACUGAAACUAAAAGAGUUCAAUACAUCUGAUACAGGAAGUAACUGAUACCGGUAUUCAAGUUUGUCAAAAUGUCAUUGUCAAAUGGUCCUAACCAACAGACCACUAGAGACUUUGCUGGGAGGAAACUGAAGACACUUCCAAAAUCAAUUUUGGAUAACAAUGAAAACAUCUCAAAGGUUGACCUACAGCAAAACAGGCUGAAACAGGUCAGUGGGAUUUCUAAGCUGGUUAACCUUACAGACCUGAAUCUGUCGAGAAAUGAAUUAUUGGAUUUUCCUGAGGAGAUCCGACAACUCCACCACUUAAAGAAAUUGUACAUCAAUCAAAACAACAUCAAGUGCAUCCCUGACAAUGUUUUCCCCAGUCUUCAACAACUUCAGUUUCUCAAGUUGAGUACAAACCGCUUAACGGAGCUUCCAUCCGACAUCAACCAGUGUCUAAGCCUCUCUUACCUGAAUGUGUCUAACAACUACUUGAAGGAUCUGCAAGCUCUGGUGGGUCUUCCAAACCUUCAUGAUUUGUAUGUGGAAAAGAACAGACUGACAGAUCUUCCUGAAGAGCUGUUUGUGAAUCUGACCAUGUUCAAAGCCACUGGCAAUCCACUGAGGAAGCCCCCAGGGGAAGUGUGUGUCGGCGGCUUGAAGGACAUUCGCUCAUAUUUCACAAUGUUGAGGGACAGCUCUUCCACUGUCAAGACCAUCAAGACAAUGUUCCUUGGAUCAUCGAUGGCAGGAAAGUCCACGCUCUGUCGUAGUUUCCAGCAAUGCUGUCCUGUGAAAGUAGAUGAAGCUGACAGGACCGUGGGCAUUGAGAUCACAGAAGUAGAGAGAGGAGGUGUCCGUUUCCUUUUCUGGGAUUUCGCUGGACAAGAGGAGUACUACAUUACACACCAUGUGUUCAUCACUCCACAGGCAUUCGUCAUCCUUGCAAUUGAUUUAUCCAGCUAUGACUCCACAGAUCCCCAGUCUUUCAAGGACCAUGUGAGCUUCUGGAUCAGCAAUAUACAGCUGAGAGUCCCUGACUCAGUGGUUUUGCCUGUGGGAACUCACAUUGACCAGUGUCAAGAUCAAAUGGAUAUUGAUCGUAAGAAAAAGGAUAUUGACAGCAAGCUGCAGAACAUGCUAUCUGAUAGGAUAGAAGCUUUAGAGCUGCGCAAAGAGGAACUCCAGGAAUCAGACGACCCCUCACUUUUCUCAGACCAGAUGGAUGAUCUUAGUAGACUCACAGACUACAACCUGAAGGUACUGGACCUUCUACUUGUUGACUGCACCAAGCCUGAAAAUAUUCAGAUGUUCCAAGAUCACACUCUGAAGCAAGUCACAAACAAGGACAACUUUCCAAGCAUUGAGAGGAUACUUCCAGGGAUCUACCAAGAAGUAGAGGAACACAUUCAAGAUCUCCUCAGAAAAGAUGACAUACCUCAGCAUGGAAGAGUGAAUUUGUCUGACCUGCUAGAAAUAUAUAUCAGUCAAAAGGAUCUGGAUCCACAAAACUUCAAAUGCAUUCUUCGGUACCUACACCAGAUUGGGGUGAUUGUUUGGUAUGAGGAGAUCCCAUCUCUCAAGGAAGAUGUGUUUGUGAAGCCAUCUGUCCUAAUUGCACUGUUCAAGGCUAUCAUAAGGCAUGACUUGGUAAAGCAAAUAAGAGAGAUCCCAAUGCAACAGCUGCGUCGCAACAAGAUUCUGAACAAGGACAGGGAGACCUGGGUGAGUGACUAUGAGGAGAAGGCCACCCUCCACAACGUGGCCAUAUCAAUCCUUGUGCGGAAAGAGCUGGAAACGUUGGAUGUUGCUGAUGUAGACCUUGUUGUAGGCGAUGGGAACAGGCCAGGGAUUCUCCUAUGCCUCCUUCAGCACUUUGAAGUGUGUCUACCGACUAAAAUAACAAGCCCGCUCAAUCCAGAAGCUCCGGAGUUUCACCCCAGCAGAACAUGGGUCGCUUCUAAACCCUGUGUGUACGACCCGGACAACGCCUGUAUGUUCCCCAGCUACUUAAAGAACAACCAUACAGUUCUGAAAAUAUGGGGGGAGGACAAGCUAAGUGACCUCAACGUACACAUAUACUUCACCCCAGAGAUUCCCUAUGGAUUUCUCCACAGGCUCAUCAUCAAGACCUGUCCACUUUAUCCCUGUCACUGGGUGGGGAAAGACCACUGUUGUUUCAGAUCUGGCAAUAAUCUGACCCUAAUCAAAGCCAAAACUGUGAAUGAGGAUCAAUACAUUGAGAUCCGCUGCAAAGAAGAAAACGAUAUUGACAUAAAGAAGUCAUGGCAGAUGAUCCGGGAGAUCAUGUUUAAGAUUGAUCAGUUGGCCCAGGAAUGGCCUGGUCUAUGCCAGCUUGUCCACAGUCCCUGUAAGGAGCGUGGAUGUUCUGCAUACUUUCAGUGGAGAGAUUGGAAAGAUUGGAUGAAGUCCUCUGGAUCUGGCAACAGUGGCAGCACACAAGAGGAAAAAAUGACAUGUAGAAAUGGACAUACACGGCGGACUGAGCUGAUAUAUCCAAGAGGACUGUUCAACUCUGACUCUACAUGAUGGAAAACCAGGCUGAUUGAGCAUCAACUGCAUGAUCUGGGGGGAUCUUAGGUAUAUUCAGAAAUCUGAACACUGAAUACUGAAUACUACAAUAAAUGAAAAGCCAAUCACACGUACUGUCUCUAAAAUGUGUAUGAUGUGCCUGUAAUGUGUAUAAUGUAUAUAUAAUGUGACCCUGUAAUGUACUCUUUGUAUAAUAUACCACUGAAAAUAACAGAAAGCAUAGAGGCAACAUUAUUGUUAUUAAAUGUUGUUUACAUAAAGGAAAAUUAUGUAGUUUGGAUGUGAA